CAUGACGCAAAUGAAUUAAUCUCUUCAGAUGCUGUUGCAGCAGAGUUGGUCCUAUUCAGAGAAAACCGGGUGGAGGACAACAGUUGAUGAGCAAGAAAAGCCACAUUGGAGUCUCCGAUUUAUAAAUAUUAUAUUUACGGGAAGAAAAAUAAGAUUAUGCUUAUAGUGUUUUAAAAAAAACAAAAUGGCACAGAAUAAUAAUACGUUAUUACAUCUCUUCGCGGGGGGAUGUAGCGGCACGGUGGGAGCCAUUGUGACUUGUCCUCUGGAGGUGCUGAAGACCAGGUUGCAGUCGUCAGGCAUCACGCUCCGGCCCAUGUUCCAGGUCCAACUGGGCACGCUCAAUGGUACUGGGGUCAUCAGACCAGGCUCAGGCACCAUUACACCACCUGGCCUGCUGCAGGUCUUACGGUCAAUUCUAGAAAAAGAGGGUCCAAGGUCUCUUUUCCGGGGACUGGGUCCAAAUCUUGUCGGUGUCGCCCCUUCAAGAGCUAUUUAUUUUGCUGCCUACAAGAAGUCGAAAGAGACGUUCAACGGUGUCUUCGUCCCUAACAGCGGAGUGGUGCACAUGUCCUCAGCUGGGUUUGCAGCCUUUGUUACAAACUCCCUCAUGAACCCCGUCUGGAUGGUUAAAACCAGGAUGCAGCUGGAGAAAAAGGCGCGAGGGGAGAAGAAGACGAACGCGCUGCAGUGUGCCCGUUACGUUUACAAGACAGAGGGCAUGAGAGGUUUCUACCGGGGUCUGACGGCGUCCUACGCUGGCAUCUCCGAGACCGUGAUCUGUUUCCUCAUCUACGAGACGCUGAAGAAACGCCUGAACGAAGCGCGCUUCACGUCGCCGAACAGCGAGACGGAGAAAGGGGCGUCCGACUUCCUAGGCCUGAUGAUGGCGGCUGCCUUCGCUAAGGGUUGUGCUUCCUGCAUAGCCUACCCACACGAGGUGAUUCGGACAAGGCUGCGAGAAGUGGGCAGCAAAUAUCAGUACUUCUUCCAGACGGCCCGGUUGGUGGCAGUGGAGGAGGGCUACGCUGCGUUUUACAGAGGACUCAUUCCUCAGCUUAUCAGACAGAUCCCCAACACAGCCAUCGUCCUCUCCACCUACGAACUCAUUGUCCACCUGAUGGGAGACUCCUCGCAAUGAUCAAUGACAAGGUGUUUUGGUCCGGCCCAUCGGAUGGACGGGCAACAUGAUGUAGCUGUACCCCAAGGCACGUUGGCUAAGAAAGAGACUAUCGUGCAAUUGCAGAAGAAAGGAAACUUGUUUUUUUUUGUGAACUGUUGGUUUCUCUUGAGGGAAUUUGAAAGCAGGUUUUACUGUUAUCCAAAGGACCUGAAACUGAUUUUUAAGCCUGCAUCCCAAAUAGAAAACUAUCCCCUAUCCCUAUUUAGGGCACUACUUUUGACCAGAGCCUUAUAGGUUCUAGUCAAAAGUAGUGCACUCUGUAAGGAAUAGGGUGCCAUAGUGUUCUGGUCUAAAGUAGUGCACUUAUAUAGGGAAUAGGGUGCCAUUUGGGACUCUGGAAAAAUAAUGUUUUAUUUUAAUGGGAAGCAUGUUAUGUUUAUUAAGGUGUUCAGAAUAAUUCUACGCUCUCAAGAAUUGUGGUACUUACGACAGGACAACUCUAGCCUGAGUCCCAGAUGAUCGGUUUGUGCUGUUAUUAUCAACUCCACUGCUGUCAUUUUGAGUUGUAAAGUUGGCAAGACGACACAAACAGAUCUGGGAAUCCGGCCAGGACAACUCCAUGUCCCGAGAAGAACUUUAGUUUCCGUUUUGAAUCAUACGAGGUAAAGAGGUCACCGGAAUUGGUGGGCCACUGUUAAGUUCAACUAAAUAAUUGUAUUGUAUUUGUUAAAUGCUGUUUCUCUGACGGCUUAUCCAUG